AUGACAAGUUUAAAAACACCUGAAUUGGGGAACUCUCUGUUCUUCACAAGAAGUUUAUCAUCAGCAAAUUCUACCCCCAGACUACGUAAAAAACCAAGGAAAUUGACAUUCGAUACCUGUGCCAUAUGUGAAGAGUCUCUCUCUAUACUCCUUGACAAUGAGGUUCGUGUGGAGCUUACCUGCGGAGACAUUUGUCAUUUGAAUUGUUUACAUCUCAUAACGCCCAAAAAUGAAGAUAUCAAAUCUGUUUGCCCCACCUGUAGGAAAUAUACUCUGUGUUUAGAACCAGAUGUUCGAGAACGUUUUAGUCAAGAAAGGUUAAACAAUUACUCUCCUGUCGCUUACCAUACCCCUGAAUAUUCAGAUUUGGAAAUUGGAUUAGAUAGUUUUAGUCCAUAUACUCCACUUUUACCAAAUAUCAUGAUUAAGUCGGAUGUACUUACGAGACCAAAUGUCGAGUUGGAAUUUAAUACGAAUGACAAAGGUGAAGAUGUCAUGGAUUGUAUAUUGAAAGUGGAAUCCCCAACUCUUUUCAAUUCUGCAGCUCCGAUGAUAGAUAUUGAAUUGACUCGUCGUAUACAAGAAAAUCUAGCGAUAAUCCUAGAACCUACAAUCCCGAACUUUUCAUGUUCAAAGACUGUUAUAUUUGACUAUUUGGAGGUGAAUUUAAACGGUGAAAACUAUGGUAAGUCAAGAUGUUUUCUUUCAAAAUCAAGUUUGGUCGUUUUAGCAUUGGAUGAUAUGGUUAUAUGCCAGCUUGCUGUGGAUGAUAUUUGCACUUUAUCGCAAGAAGAGGAGAGAUCUCUUGUGUUAAAUCUCCUCAGAUCCGACCUUCCUGAAUUUGAAUUGAUUGGGGCAUGGGAAAUUCUUGCCAAAUGGAAAUUUUACUUGGAAAAAUUAUGUCAAACUGAACCUGAUGAUAUAUUGGUUCCAAUUACACAAAUAACUUCAAAUGCAUGGGAUUUGUUGUCUGAAGAAAUCCAAAAGGAAAAGCCAAUUCUGACAGAUGAUCAAGUAAACACAACAAUACCCCACAGUCCACUCUCGGUCAAUCUUAUAAUAUGUAUCACUGUCGUAAACACUUCAGAUAUGGAUGAUACGUUGUAUAGAACAAGUUUAGUUCAGAUAUUGAAAGAAGCGCGAGCCUCGUUACGUCCCAACGAUAAAUUGGGACUAAUCUGUACUGGUGUGGACUCAGAAGGAAAGUCGUCGAGACUGGGGACUUAUACUGGCUGUGCAGAUGCACUGUGGGAUGGAUGGGAUAUUAUCAUAAAUGAGCUAACCGUAUUCCCUAAUGAAAUAAACUCCAAUAAGAUUUUCACCAAUAAUGUCCAACAAUUGGAGAUAGCUCUAAACAAAUGUAAUAAAUUACUUUCUUUUAUGACCUUGGAUAACCAAUAUGGGAGGGUACUAUUUGUCAAUACCUGUACACUCGCGGAAGAUUCAUUGAUUACUGAGGCACAAGUGGUAACAACUCUUUCCAAAAUGUGUGAAAAGGUAUCAAUAGACCUUGCAUCUAUUAAAGGAAAUGACACAAUAGCCAAACGCAUUGUAGGAAAAGUUGCUCAAGGUGAUUUUGAUUCAGAACGUGGUCAAUUCAAGAAACAUAUUGGUGGCUUAUAUUCGCAUCUGUUUGAUUCAAUUGUAUCAUUUGCAGACGAAUUACCAGAGUUUUUCAAUAAGUACUAUCACAACGUGUACAUUCCUACAAUCUCUAUAGAAUUCUCAGAUAAUUUUAAACACUUGGAGAUAGAUAAUGGUCAUUCAUUAGAAAACGUUGCAAAAUUUGAAAUCCAAGUACAUGACAUCAUUCCAUCAUUUUCGGUAUGCUUCCCAUUUCGAUUCGGUAUCAACGGAAAUGAUCUCAUGUAUGAUUGUAGAUGGCUAAACAACAAGGUGCUGGUUGCCAAUGUUAUACCCAAUCCCCGCGAAAUUGUGGAUACGUCCCACCAAGAAGUUACCUAA